AUGUGUAUCUCCAUCAUGGAUUUAAAUCUGAGUACAUUGCAAAAUAUUGCUGGAGAUAGAGAGAAGGUGUGGUGGGGAAAGAAAACUGGCAAACAAAAAGAGUGGGGAUUUACACUUCAGCAAAACACCACGAUCAGCAGAACACACAAGCCCUCUGUGCAAAGAGGACCAAAGUCACCAGUGGUUCCUCAAGACCUGGACCGUUCGGAUUCUCACGCUUGUUUUCCUGCCGUUUUCUCUCCUGGCUUUAUUUACUGCCGUUAUUCCCAGAUCUGCGCGCAGGUGGUGAGAGCGGCGAUGAAGCCUCAGUACAAAGCGGAGGCGGAGAGGGCGGCAACGGCCACUGUGAAGACUGUGAAACCCAAGAAGGAAUAA